GUGUCUUGGCUUAAAAAGCACAGCAGUCCAAGCGACCAGCUGCAGAUCUGACAGACCACCGUCCCCCCGCAAGUAACCGAGAACCAGCACCACCAUGCCGACCCCAUGCGCCUGGCGGCCCCCACUUGUCGCCCUCCUGGUCAUCGUCGCCUGUAUGGCACCCGAGAUAACUGGAUAUCGCCGCCCAAGCAAAGUGUCCACCACCUGCUGCAAGAUGGUGAGCAGCGCUCAAAUCCUCUUUGAGAUCUAUGGCUACGAGCGCCAGAAUGCCCUGGGUCCCUGCGUGGAAGCCAUCGUGUUUGACACAGUAAAGGGCAAGGUCUGUUCCAACCCGAAAGCUCGCUGGGUGAUGAGGAAAAUGAAAGAGAUGACCCAGUGAUCACGGAAGAUGCCGGGACAGGAAGCUAAGAGCCACCGCUUCUCACGUACCAGAACUGCCCCGCGUCGCCGCUUCUCAGCUAACAGCCAGAAUAUUAAGACAUUUUACAAUGGAAACAUUUUCCAACAGCUUUUUUAAUCAUAUUAUUAUAAUACCAUUAUUAAAGUAAGGCUGCAUUUUAAAUAAACAACAAUGAUUAUGCUUGUUACUGGUGUCAUCAUACAGAAUUAAAUCUGACUUUAAAUAAAUAAUAAUGAUCAUC